AGCGCCUAAGCUGAUUGGGAGCUGUCCGCCUGUGGCGCUGGAGCUGCGCUUUGAUUGGUUGGCUGGGAACGGGUCGUGGGGCCGUGUCUGUUCUACGCUGUCAGUGUGUGAGAGGCCGAGGGGAGUCCGGUGCUGGGAGCCGAGGAGGGAGCUGUACGGCCGGGACGCCCGCAAGAGGAUGCGCAGACGGAAGCGAAGAGACCUCACCUCCCAGGGGCAGCUAGAGAGGGGCAGAAAGGAACCGCCUCAGGGACGGGCUUGAUGGAUAUUGAUUUGGACUAUGAGAGGCCGAAUGUUGAGACCAUUAAGUGCGUUGUGGUGGGAGACAAUGCUGUGGGCAAGACUCGCCUCAUCUGUGCCAGGGCCUGUAAUGCCACACUCACCCAGUACCAGCUCCUAGCCACCCACGUGCCUACCGUCUGGGCCAUCGACCAGUACCGCGUGUGCCAAGAGGUCCUGGAACGGUCUCGGGAUGUGGUGGAUGAAGUCAGCGUGUCUCUCCGGCUCUGGGACACAUUUGGAGACCACCACAAGGACCGUCGAUUUGCUUACGGCAGGUCGGAUGUGGUAGUGCUGUGCUUCUCCACUGCCAACCCCUACUCCCUGCGCCAUGUCAGGAGCAUGUGGUACCCCGAGAUCAAGCACUUCUGCCCCCGCACCCCAGUCAUUCUGGUUGGCUGCCAGCUGGACCUGCGGUAUGCUGAUCUGGAUGCCGUCAAUCGUGCCCGCCGCCCCUUGGCAAAGCCAAUCAAACCAAGUGAUAUCCUUUGCCCGGAAGCGGGGCACGAGGUGGCCAAGGAGCUGGGAAUGCCCUAUUACGAGACCAGCGUAGUGGCGCAAUUCGGGGUGAAGGACGUGUUCGACAAUGCCAUCAGGGCCGCGCUCAUCUCCCGGAGGCACCUACAGUUCUGGAAAUCCCAUUUAAAGAAGGUGCAGAGACCCCUGCUGCAAGCCCCUUUCCUGCCCCCAAAGCCGCCCCCGCCCAUCUUUAAUAUUGUGGAGGUGCCACAGAGCAGGGGGCGGGGCCCAGAGGGCCUGUUCUGUAGCCCCUACUGUGCCGACGUGGUCUUCCAGCUGCACAACGGGCACAGGGUAUUUGCACACAAGGUCUACCUGGCAACUGCCUGCUCCAAAUUCUAUGAUCUCUUCUCCCUGGAGCUAAGCCCACUGGGGGCAAAUAGAGCCUGGGGGGGCAGUACUGUGUAUGAGAACCCUCUAUGGGCAACUGGGGCAGAUAAUCAUACCAUGAACCUUGAGCUGGACCAAGAGGCCACUAUUGAGCUGCUGGCUGGGAGGGCUGAGCAGGUACCUGGGAAGGGUAGGAAUGGGGGCGGAGUGCAUUUGGGGUGGGGGCGGGGCUUAAGCGAAUGGGGCCGAGGGUUUACCAGUGUGCACGUGGGCAUGAUAGAAGAUCCUCUGACCCAGAGAGAGAGACUAAUGAUGGUGGUGGAGAUGGAAGAGCAGAUCCAGACAGAGCCGCUCCGAGCGGUGCUGGAGUACCUCUACACGGGCUACUUGGAUCAGAACCGGGCCGACCUCAUGCAGGUGGCAAAUAUCGCCGAGGCGCUGGAGGUCUUCGACCUGCGCAUGAUGAUCUCCAACCUGAUGAACAAGGAGGGGUUCAUGAACCAGGAGAUCACAAAGGCCUUCCAUGUGCGCCGAGCCAAUCGCAUCAAGGAAUGUCUGAGCAGGGGCGUGUUCUCAGAUAUUGUGUUUAAAGUAGACGAUGGAACAGUCCAAGCCCACAAGCCCUUACUGAUCGCAAACUGUGAUUGGAUGGUCGCUCUGUUCUGUGGUUCCUUCCGGGAGAGCUUUGCCCACGAGGUGUCGCUCCCUGGCACCUCCUGUGCCUGCCUUCAUACAGUGCUGGAGUACUUGUACCUGGGCAUUUUCUGCCUGGCACCUGCCUUGAAUACUGUGGACCUUCUGGUACUUGCCAACCGUCUGUGCCUCCCCCACCUGAAAGCCCUGACUGAGCAACAUGCCGUGGAUGAGCUGCUGGCCUCCUACGUACAAGGGGACGAUAUCGAUGGGCACGUGCUGCAUUAUCUGGAGAUGGCACAGUUCCACAAUGCCAAGCAGCUGGCUGACUGGUGCCUGCACUACAUCUGCACUAACUACAACUCUGUGUGCCGCAAAUUCCCCCGGGAGAUGAAGUACAUGAGCCCAGAGAACAAGAGUCACUUUGAGCGGCACCGCUGGCCCCCCGUGUGGUACCUAAAGGAGGAAGACCGCUAUCUGCGCUGUAAGCGGGAACGAGAGAAAGAGGAGGAGAUUAUCCGCAAGCAGAACAGCAAAAGCAAAUGGUGCUUCUGGGUCUCCUCUGCCUCCUCUUCACCAGUGCCCUGAACCCACCUUUUUGUGCCUUCGGGGAGGACCAGUAGUUACCUCACCCACAACCUUCUACCCCAUGGUGGGGUUCCUUUGUGCCGGCUAAUAUCUUUCUAUAGAACUGGCAGCCAUUAUUGGAGCUCAGUGCUGUGGCGCUUCCUUCACCCGUUAGAGAUCCAUUUUGGGGACUGACCAUUCAGGGGGUCAGAACUAAAGGGCAAAUACAGAGAGCUGAGUGACGUGAUGUUCCUCAGUGAGGGAUCCUCAUCUCUAGAUGGACUAUCUAGAGAUGACCUUGCUUGGUCUAAGAGUGGAUUUGGUGCAUACCUAGGGAUCGGUGCCAUGCAGUGACGCGCACUAUAAUACAUUUUCUUGUUGCCCGGUGCAUAGCAACCAGUGCCUGGGCGGAUAAGUAAGGGGGGGGGGGUCUCACUUCCUGCUCAUCACAUUGUUGGGGCUCUUUGCCUGAAUGGUCAGAAAUAUAGUAGGUGUUGCCCCUCGUACACUCUCUGUGGGGCGAGUAGGAGAUAAAGCAGCACAUUCACUGGGUCUGUAUCUGUGUUACUGAUACUCAGCAGUACUGUAUACUUAGUACUAUGUACACAGCAGUACAAUAUACUCAGCAGUAUUAUAUAUUCAGCAGUACUAUAUACUCAUCAGUACUAUAUACUUAGUAUUAUAUACUCAGCAGUAUUAUAUACUCGGCAGUACUAUAUACUCAGCAGUAUUAUGGGGAGCCUGGUGGCUCAGGUAUAUGCAGAAAUAAUAAUUUGUUCUAUGGCACCAGUAUUAUUAUUAUAUAUAUAUGGCAGGAUGUUCCUUACAGAAUAGACUGGGCAAGUUCUACCUCACUGAGGAUGAUGGGAGGGAAGAGGUCAAACAAGGAGAUCCCAUGUAUAAAGGGAAUGGUGACCGUACCCAUAAGGCCGUAGAGCAGGGACCCCUUUCCUACUGCACUGGCCCAUUAGUGCCGCGGAUUGGUUAUUGGCCCUGAUACCAUAAGAUUUGCCUUAAGUGACCUCCGGACCCCCAACUCAGGUUUUGCCUUGUUCCUACGGUGGGUGGCACAGUCAAUCCCUAGGAGCUGCCUUUGCUCAUCAUAUUAUUGGAUGAACAGUGACAUGUGAUCGGACUAGGCUUCACACCAACAGCCGCGAUCAUCUUUGUACCUUGGGAUCAGUACCAGAACUGGCUGAAGAACGAGUAGAUUAUGUACUGGUGGAGUCACCAUUAACACAUUUCCUUCAAAUACAUCCAAAACCAUUGUAAACAGGAGGACUUACAGCUGGUGAGUAUUGGUGGAGUCACCAUUUAGCCAAAACGACUCCACAUCUACAAGCAGUUCUUGUACAGGCUGGAGAAUCCUACAGGUGGAGUAUCUACCAUUGAACGCAUUUUUUGAAUUGGACCUCCAUUUGCAGCCAUUGCCAUUCCAGGCUGGAGAAGUCGACUUUGUUUACUUGGAGUUGCGAUUGAAACAUUUCCUGGGAAGGGACCUCCAUGAACACUUGGGUGGUGGAGCAAAUAUUACAGUAUUUUCUAGAGUAGAUCUCCAUGAUAGUUGGUACAAGUAUGGACUGGAGAUGCUUUUAUAAACAUUUCCUGGGAUGGACCUCCAUGAUGAACACUUGGGUGGUGGAGCAAAUAUUACAGUAUUUUCUAGAGUAGAUCUCCAUGAUAGUUGGUUCCAGUAUGGACUGGAGGAAAUGCUUUUAUAAACAUUUCCUGGGAUGGACCUCCAUGAACACUUUUGUAGAGUAGAUCUCCAUGAUAGAUGGUAACAGUAUGGACUGGAGUUGCUUUUAUAAACAUUUCCUGGGAUGGACCUCCAUGAACACUUUUGUAGAGUAGAUCUCCAUGAUAGUUGGUACCAGUAUGGACUGGAGUUGCUUUUAUAAACAUUUCCUGGGAUGGACCUCCAUGAACACUUUUGUAGAGUAGAUCUCCAUGAUAGAUGGUAACAGUAUGGACUGGUGAUCCUUUUAUAAACAUUUCAUGGGAUGAACCUCCAUGAUGAACACUUGGGUGGUGGAGCAAAUGUUACAGUAUUUUCUAGAGUAGAUCUCCAUGACAGUACCAGUAUGGACUGGAGUUGCUUUUAUAAACAUUUCCUGGGAUGGACCUCCAUGAACACUUGGGUAAUGGAGCAAAUGUUACAGUAUUUUCUAGAGUAGAUCUCCAUGACAGUACCAGUAUGGACUGGAGAUGCUUUUAUAAACAUUUCAUGGGAUGGACCUCCAUGAACACUUGGGUAAUGGAGCAAAUGUUACAGUAUUUUCUAGAGUAGAUCUCCAUGACAGUUAGUACCAGUAUGGACUGGAGAUGCUUUUAUAAACAUUUCAUGGAUAGACCUCUAUGCACACCCCGUACCAGUACAGACUGGAGAACUCCUAGUUUGUGUACUGGAGAUGUCACCACUAACACCUCCAUGCACAAUGGAAACCAGUUUGGACAGCAGAACUCCCAGCUUGAGUACGACUGGGCUCACCACUAAGACAUUUCCGGGAAUGGGUCGUCACGCACAAUCUCUGGACGCUGCUUGGACAGAAGCUCACAGGAACCAACGUCCACUUGGCCAAUCACCAGCCACAGUUCCCUUCUUUACUAGUGGGGCAGCCAAGUUCCAUCCGCCUAUUGGUGGUUUUGUUAUUCUUAUUGUAUUUUGAGAUUUACAAAGAACUUUUAUCGCCGCUGUGGUUCCAUCGGUGCCUUUUCUGACCCAGUGGAGAGGAACGAGCCAAUCAGUGGCCAUGUAGCUACAGACGGUGGGACAUAUUUCUCUUAGUUCCUCCUAGAAGAACUCAUUGUACUGGGUCCAGGGCCCACCUACCUCUGCAUGUCCCCCCAUAAAGGAAAGGGCUUUCCACUUACAGAACCUUAAUAUAAGGGAAUGCAUUAAUAUGGCGCCCCCCGCUGGUAUCUGAGCUCCCCUCUCGCUCAGGGUAGUGCCAUGUUCUAACCACUAUGGGAGGGUAUGGAUAUGUGGCCAAGUGUUACGUAUGUGGGGCAGGGUUGCAGUGGGGGGGGCUACACUCCCCAUAGAAUUACACUGUGGGGGUCACAUUCCCCUGGGAUUGCAGUGUGGGGGUUAAACUCCCCAUAGAAUUGCAGUGUGGGGGGUCACAUUCCCCUGGGAUUGCAGUGUGGGGGUUACACUCCCCAUAGAAUUGCAGUGUGGGGGGUCACAUUCCCCUGGGAUUGCAGUGUGGGGGUUACACUCCCCAUAGAAUUGCAGUGUGGGGGUCACAUUCCCCUGGGAUUGCAGUGUGGGGGUUACACUCCCCAUAGAAUUGCAGUGUGGGGGGUCACAUUCCCCUGGGAUUGCAGUGUGGGGGUUACACUCCCCAUAGAAUUGCAGUGUGGGGGUUACAUUCCCCUGGGAUUGCAGUGUGGGGGUUACACUCCCCAUAGAAUUGCAGUGUGGGGGUUACAUUCCCCUGGGAUUGCAGUGUGGGGGUUACACUCCCCAUAGAAUUGCAGUGUGGGGGUUACAUUCCCCUGGGAUUGCAGUGUGGGGGUUACACUCCCCAUAGAAUUGCAGUGUGGGGGUCACAUUCCCCUGGGAUUGCAGUGUGGGGGUUACAUUCCCCUGGGAUUGCAGUGUGGGGGUUACACUCCCCAUAGAAUUACACUGUGGGGGUUUUGGGCAGAUCUGCUUAUACUCAUUGGAGCAGCUGAAGGAACAAAGAUGGCCCCACGCUGAGUAGUCCCGCCCCCUCGCUGCUGCGCCAAUCAGUCUCCAGUUGCAGAGCCCCCUUUGUGGGGCAAGAGAUUUUUUUUACCACACACACAAGGGCUGUUUCUAUGUGUUUGUACAAGAAUGAGCUGCCGUGUCGCUUUUAAUAAAUGUUUUGUACGAAGGGCAUGUGCCCCCCC